AUGGAGCCGGAGCGCGAGUGCCGGGUGCUCUCCAUCCAGAGCCACGUCGUCCGCGGCUACGUGGGCAACAAGGCGGCCACCUUCCCCCUGCAGGUUUUGGGAUUUGAAGUUGAUACAGUGAACUCUGUCCAGUUUUCAAACCACACAGGUUAUGCCCACUGGAAGGGUCAAGUGUUAAAUUCAGAUGAACUUCAUGAACUGUAUGAAGGACUAAAGCUGAACAAGGUCAACCGGUAUGACUAUGUACUCACAGGGUAUACAAGAGACACAUCGUUUCUUGAAAUGGUGGUGGAUAUCGUCCAGGAGUUGAAGCAACAGAAUUCUAACCUAGUAUAUGUAUGCGAUCCAGUGAUGGGUGACAAAUGGAAUGGAGAAGGCUCUAUGUAUGUGCCCAAGGAUCUCCUCCCAGUCUACAGGGACAAAGUUGUACCUGUUGCUGAUAUCAUUACUCCUAACCAGUUUGAAGCUGAGUUACUCACGGGCAGGAAGAUUCACACAGAAAAAGAAGCUUUAGAGGUAAUGGAUAUGCUCCAUGCCAUGGGACCAGAGACUGUGGUGAUCACAAGCUCGGAUCUACAGGCACCUCUAGGAAAUGACUACCUAAUUGCUCUGGGUAGCCACAGAAAAACUAAAGCAGAUGGUACCAAGAUGACACAAAGAAUUCGAGUGGAGUCUCCUAAAGUGGAUGCUGUCUUUGUUGGAACAGGAGACUUGUUCGCUGCUAUGCUUUUGGCAUGGACACAUAAGCAUCCAAACAAUUUGAAGGUGGCAUGUGAAAAGACUGUGUCAGCCAUGCAACAUGUUCUGCAAAGGACCAUUAAGAGUGCAAAAGCACAAGCUGGAGAAGGAAGCAAACCAAACUCAGCCCAGCUGGAACUGAGAAUGGUCCAAAGCAAAAAGGACAUAGAAAACCCAGAGAUCAUAGUGAAAGCCACUGUGUUAUAAAGGCUAUACGUCUCCAAUAACGCACAAUGUAUUGAUGUCCUCAUUUCUUUCCUGUAAAUUGUAAUUUUUGCCUUAGAUCUGUGACAGAAACCUGACUUUCAUGAAAUAGUGCCCAGCAUAGGCAGAUAUCCACUCUCAGACAUAUGUGCUGGCCUUGCUCAGUUUUAAAAACAAAACAGUUAGUGUGCAUUGAAGCAUAUUACCAGGUAUCAAAAUGGCUGUCAAAUUCACUUAAGUCUGUAUAGUUAUCCAGGGCAAGAGAGUACAGUGUUCCUGCCUUGCCAAAGACUUUAGAUGUGAAUUUGCUAAUGGAAUGCUUGACUGACUGGAAAAAUGUAUUUCAAGAUGGCAUCUAGUGCCGAUGGAGCUGGCUCCAUGCUCCCUUUUCCUGGAGAUAUCUGGUUACCUACACUGGUAUUGAGUAUCUCAGCUGCUAUGAAACUAAGCAGGGUUAAAACUACACACAAAGUUCUGGUUGUGUGUAGGAGUACUUUAAAGAUGUUUGGCAUUUAAGUACUCUAAAGUGACCUUGAGGUGUUGUUCAUGUUACUGAUAACUGCUCCUGUUUCUUGUCUAUGAACAGCUGCAGUUUUUGCAGGUACUGGCUGCUUAUUUCUAAUGUCUGUGGGUGCGCAUAUGAUUUUCUUCCAAAAGCUGCUCCAGAAACAUCUUCAUUAAUAAGAUAAUAUCUUUAUUCAGUAGCACUGGUUAGAAGUUUGUAGUUCUACCUCUGAGGCCAGGUUUGAUUCUUUUUUCAGUUUUUAACUAAGGACAAACAUUCUGUAAGGACAAAAGAGAAAGCAGCUCUUACUUUGAAAGCUGGCUACCCUAGUUUGUUCUUCAUAGGUGGAUGUAUUUACAAACUACAUAGGGUACUUAUACUUAACAAUAAUGAGCACUAUUGGCAGGCUUAUCAAUGAAGCAGUGUGGUGAAACUUAAUAUUUUUAGUUUAGUAAGGUUUAGUAAGUUACAUAUGUUUACCGAAUUCAGUGAAACAUACAAAAUUAGUUUGUUCGUAAUGUAAGUCUCUGCAGCCUAUGCUGAUUAGAGA